AACUCUACAAUCAAACUAAUCACUAGUCUUAUAGUUUAUAAUAAACUAAUCCCAAGACUACCUCAAAAACAAUGCUCCGGUAUCUGAUGGUUGUGUUGGCCGUACUGUUGGCCGUUAUGUUGGCUCAAGUAUCUCAUGUGAGCGCCGGCUAUCUCUAUGGAGGAUAUGGAGGUUAUGGAGGGUAUGGCGGAUACGGAGGUUAUGGAUAUCCAUACGGCUUCGGCUAUGGAAAGGGUUACGGAUUUUAUGGUUAACAAAUUAAUGGCUUGUCACUUCCCGGCUUUUAUUGGAUUUAAAAAAUAAACUUGGUUACAUUUUACUUCAAAAUUAUUUUUAUUAAUCAAAAGAUUUUUUAAUUACAAUCUAAUUAUAAUUAUAAUUCUGAUCUAAAUUUAUUUAUUAUGCUUAAUUGUUGUCUGCUCAAAAUUUUUUAUAUUAAGAAAUCUUAUUUUGGAAAUUGAUAUUUUUUAAUAAAAAUUUAUUUUUAUAUAAAA